AUGGCAGAGGCAGAGGAGCAGCUCCUCCAGGGUAAUUGGAGUAGAGAUUUUGAAAAUGCUCUGGAAUCCACAGACUAUGACCUGGAAACAAUGUGUAACGUAAUUCAAGGACAAGAUCUUCCUUCUAAGCAAAGAGCAAAAAUGUGGAAAAUUGCCCUGAACGUUGCAGGCAAGAGCAACAGCCUUUCCUCGUGGGAUGGAAAACUGGAUCUGCCAGAGCAAAUGAUAAUUCAUGAUAAAUGUCAACAGUUGAUUGAUCAAUUGCACCCAGCAGAAUGGGAAGUUCCUAUUCUGCUUUCAGAUGUGGAGUCAGCCAUAACAUUCUAUUGCAAAUCCCGGAGCAUAACAUUUUUAGAGAAUCACAGCUGGCCAGAUCUCCUCAAACCUCUCCUUAGACUGCGGCUUCCUCGUAGUGAUCUAUAUAAUUGCUUUUAUGCCAUAAUGAGUAAAUACAUUCCUAGGGAUUGCGUUUGCAAUGGUCAACCUUUCCAACUGUAUCGUCUUCUUUUGCAGUACCAUGAACCACAACUUUGUUCAUACUUGGACACCAGGAAGAUUGCACCCGACUUAUAUUCGAUCAAAUGGUUGGGAAGUCUGUUUGCAGCACAUUGUUCACCAGAGGUAACUGAGGCCAUGUGGGAUGUGUACUUCCAACAAUCUGACCCAUUCCUGAUCUUCUUCUUAAUGCUCAUCAUCCUUAUCAAUGCAAAAGACACCAUUUUAGCAGAAAAAAAUGACAACAAAGAGGGUCUCAUUAAGUUGUUAGAGACCUCUCCAAGUCAUUUGGAAGUGGGGGAUAUAGAAGACCUUUUUUCUUUAGCGCACUAUUAUUAUAGCAAGACACCACUGUCGUUCAGAAAAGAUAAUCAGAAUCUAUUUGGUAGCAGUCUAGUACUGCCUAAAGAUGAAAAGAUGAAUCUGAGUGAAACCCUGUGUCUUCCCAUUUCUGUCACAGAAAUCCUUCAGUCCAGACAACACCCCGGUGAUGGUAUUAGGUUUUUUGUGGUUGACUGCAGACCUGCAGAACAGUAUAAUGCAGGGCAUCUGUCCACAGCUUUUCAUUUAGACUCUGACCUUAUGCUGCAAAAUCCUGAUGAGUUUUCUCUGUCAUUUAAGUCUCUCCUGGAGACACAGAAGCAGUCAAUCAAAUCAGGCUCCAUUGCCAGGGGGAAACAUUUAUGCUUUAUCGGCAGUGGUCGCGAUGAGGAGGACAUGUAUAUGAAUAUGGUGCUUGCUUACUUUUUGCAAAAAAAUAAGAAGUACAUCAGUAUUGCCAGAGGGGGAUUUAUGGCACUUCAGAAACACCUUGCAGACGUCACUGUUGAUGGAUCAGACAAUAUGUACGGUCACUGGAUUGUCAGCAUGUCUGCCCCCCAAUUCGAUAUUAGUCAACCUUUUCAGACUGAAGCUGCAAACACCUUGGUAGGUGGGAAAGGGGUCAAGUCCCUAGUGAAUAAAAUGACCUUUGCACUUAAAUCAAAGUCAGUGCAUGUCAAGGAACGAAUGAUCAACUUCAUUGAGAACACCUCCACACCUACAGACAGGCAGUUGAACAUUAAUAAUCGAGAUGGAAAGCUGUACCGGGGAAUAAAGCCAGUGUUCAGCAUCAGUGAUGAAGACAAUACAGAUGAGACUGAUAGUGCCUACAUGUCUGACAAUGAUUACAAAGACAUCGUACACAUUCAGACAUGGAUAAACAAGCCAGAUGUUAAACAUCACAUUCCUUGCAAUGAGGUCAAAGAGACUGGUCAGUUGCUCCCUAGCCAUCUCCUGGUUACAGCCUCCCAUAUGUACUGCCUGCGAGAGAUUGCAUCUCGGAGGGGUUUUGCAUACAUCCAAUCACAACGAGCUUUGACUUCAGUGGUAAAGAUUACUUCAAAGAAAAAGCACCCCGAACUUAUUACUUUUAAAUAUGGUAACAGCAAUUCCACUGGUCUGGAAGUAUUAUCUGUAGAAAGAUAUGUGAUAUCAAAUGCUGGGGAUGCUGCCAGAGCCAUUAAACAGCAGAUUGUUAAAGUGUUGGAGGAUCUAGACUGCUGA